CUUCAGCACAUGGGCUCAAAGAUCUCACCUCUGCCCUGUCUUCUGGUCCAGGGAGAGGGCAGGGACUUUGCUGUCUUGCAAGCUUGUGCAUUCUAUGACCUGAUGCAGUGACUCUAACCCUAGAGGAAAGAUCCCUCCAGGACUGAAAUUCUUCACACUGGGCUCCGUGGAUGGUUAUUCAAUACAGAGAUGAGAGGAAAGGCCCCUACCAAGCCUAGGUGUCUGUGAGAAAAUGACAGGGAGACCUCCUGCCAGGUUUCUGUUGGUGAUCAUCCCGGCAUUGCAGAUCAUACAUUUGGGAAACAGCUGUCUGAGAGGGCAACAGGAAGGUGGCAGAGCUGUCAGCAAUAUCGCAGCGCCCAGGACAACACUGGACUGGACCCUGAGUAAUUCCAGCAGAGAGAAUGGGAGCCAGGAGGGCUGGACGCCCCAGGAGUCCCCUGCCCGUUCCAGGGCCUUGGAAGAGGAGACAGGGUCACCUGCAGGUGCGGCCCCGGGAUCGCGCUGCUGCAGGAACGGAGGCACCUGCGUGCUGGGCAGCUUCUGCGUGUGCCCCGCGCACUUCACCGGCCGCUACUGCGAGCACGACCAGAAGCGCAGGGACUGCGGCGCCCUGGGACACGGAGCCUGGACCCUGCGGGGCUGCAGCCUCUGCAGGUGCAUCUUCGCCGCCCUGCACUGCCUUCCCCGCCAGACCCCGGGCCACUGUGACCUGAAAAAAGUUCUGUCCUCAGGGGCCAGUCGACCAAGGGCACAGGGAGCUCUGAGUUUGCUCUUCUUGCUGCCCUGCGUCCUCCUGUGGAGUAUAGUAGCUGAAGGCUGAGGUUCCCAAGUGCAGUGACAGAAUCUCCUCCCGAGGCUGCAAGGAGUCACCCUUGAUUCCAUUCAGUGCCAUAGCAUCCUGGAGGGAAACCUGGGCCAUAGGCAUCUGCUUGAACGUUCUAUGUUGUAAAUAAUGGAAUCAUUCAGUUUGUCAUGGACAAGUGAUGAAUCCUUGUGUUGUGUAGUUCUGAGUUUGCUCUUCCUGUUGCCCUGCAUCCUCCUGAGGGGCAUGGAUGCUGAAGGUUGAGGUUCCUACUACAGUGAUAGAAUCUCCUCCUGGGGCUGUACGGAGUCACCCUUGAUUCCACAUGGUGCCACAGCAUCCCCAUGGGAAAGCUGGGCCAUGGGCAUCAGCUUGAAUGUUCUAUGUUGUAAAUAAUAGAAUCCACUUAUUCUAUCAUGGACUGAAAA